UCCGUUAGUUGCUAAGUGACGGUAAACAAGAUGGCCGUGACGAGAGUCGAGAAAUGACUUUUAUUUACUGACUUAUAAGGUUCGUGAGGCAUAGGAUAAAUAUUUAAUGUGAUUCUGCAGAAAAUUAGAUAUAUUUUUUGUAAUUGUUAGCAAGUUUUUCUGCUCAAGUCCCACGCAAUGGUCGUGUAAUUGACUUGAAGUAGAUUAGCGGAAUAGGAUGUACCGUUGUGGGGCUCACAGCACCGUUUAAUAUGUUGAAAGACACCCAAUAUAAAGUUCAUACAAAAUAGUGGAAGUGUACGGUUAUUUUCAGUAAAGUUGCCAAAAUGCCGGUCGCGGAGAGCAGGUUGGAGAUUUUACAAGUUUGUAAAUUGUUACAAUGUGUACGAGAAAAAGACAAAACUCAAAUAGAAAAGAUGACAGCCAGUGGUCUACCUCAUUUAAUUAAUUAUAAUGAUGCCACAGAAGGGAUGACGGCUCUUAUUGUAGCGGCAAUAGCUAACGACGAUGACAUGUUACAGUUUUUGUUGGACCUAGGGGCCCACCCCGAUGUGGUUGAUUUAAAGGGAAGGACCGCUGCCAUGAGAGCAGCCGAAUAUGGUCAUGUACAAUGUUUAGAAAAAUUAGCAAAAGCUGGUGCCAAUAUGAGAAUAGUGGAUUUAGAAGGGAAAGGUAUAAUAUUUUACUGUAUAUCACCGACACAGCGACACGCCAAAUGUUUAGAAUUAGUUGUAUUAAACGGAGGUGAGGUAAACAACGUGUCUAAAGAUGGCGUACCUGUAUUUGUUCUCUCCUGUGAAGCGGCUGUUGAAAAUGAAGACAUGUGUGAAGUAUUGUUACAGAAGGGAGCUGAUCCAAAUAAAGCCUCUGAGAAAAAUGGGCGAACAGCUUUAAUGGCAGCUGCCUCAAGUGGAGGAACGAAAAUUGCCAGAUUAAUUUUAGAAGGGGGAGCCAGUGUCAAUGCUAUUGAUGUCCGAAAAAAUCACGCAGCUCAUUUUGCGGCUAAAGGAGGUCACCUGGAAGUACUGGCAUUAAUGGCUGGUUACGGAGCUGAAUUUAAUCAAAAUGAUUCCCAAAAUAACACACCGAUACAUAUCGCGGCUAUAAAUGGUCAUGGUGGCUGCUGUAAAUUCUUGUCACAAAGAGGAUGCAAUCCCAAACCCAAGAACACGGAUGGCCAAACUCCCAAAACUCUAGCCAAAGACAAUGGUCACAAGGACGCACUUAAGGAAUGUCGCAAAGCCGAAAAAUCUUUUGGAAAAGUGUCGAAAAACAACGAACCCUGGGCAAUUCAUUUAUACGACUGGGUUCAAUCACGACAGCUUAAAUUAGAAAAUAUAUUUAAAAAGUACGAUUCAGACGUCACAGGUUACAUCAACAAGGAUGAUUUCUUGGAUGGAUUAACAGAUCUGAAUGUUCCACUAGAGGAGGAGGAAUUAACGAAAAUCGCAACAUUGCACGAUAAAAGUAAAGAUGGAAAAAUUGAUUAUAAUGACUUUAUCGCGGGUAAAAAAUAUCUCAAUAAGAACUUUUUAAUGAGUGCAUUUGAAGGAAAAAAGAAAAAAAAGAAAAAGGGAGGUAAAAAGGGUAAAAAAAAGGGCAAGUUUAAGUUAAUAAUGCCGAUAUGUACGCAAGAAGAUGGACCCAGAACGUAUGGUGGUAAUCCCCCGGAGCUAUUUAUAGAACGUCACAUACAUUUUACAGAUACUGUACGAUUUGGUCGAGAUAGACCGCCAACGCAUCCCCUGCAGGACGAUUCGGCCUGGUAUCUACAGCAUCCCGAUAGAACUUUUAUCAAUAUCAAUGAAGCUGCCAAAAUGGGUGAUUACGAUUCGUUGAAGAAUGCGUUUUCCCGAGGUUUACCAGCAGACACAAGAGACAAAUAUUAUAAAACACCUUUAAUGGUGGCUUGCGCUGACGGAAAAAUAGAGAUGGUGAAAUUCCUUUUAUUGAGUGGGGCUCAGAUCAAUGCUAGAGAUAAUUUUAAAUGGACACCAUUACAUCAUGCCUGUCACUCGGGACAACUUGAUGUUAUACAGUUGUUGAUGGAUAAUGGAGCAGAGAUAGAUGCAACAACAAUGAAUGGAGGAACUCCGCUAACACGAGCUAUUGAGAGUUCUAAAGAAGAGGUCGUCCAGUUCAUGAUUAAUAAUGGUGCUAAAAUGCAAACAGAAAAUAAAAAAGGCCAGAAUCCCAAUGAUUUGGCUCAAGUAUGGGCUGAUCCACGGGUGUUAGAUAUCGUGUCGAAGAAAUGGGACAGUCUUCCUCAAUCUAAAGAUAAAGGAAAGGGAAAGAAAGGAUCCACUGCUAGGGCUAAAAGUGGUCGACCUAAAUCAGCAGGUGGUGAAGGUAAAGAUGGCGCAGUAACACAGUCGUUAACGUUAAACCGAGUUGGAGCAGAAGAUUUUCAUCAACAACGUAAAGGAUCUAUCUUACGAGCAGCUUCAGCCCUGGCUGGAGGACUGGAAGAAAAAGAAGAUAUCACAUACACUCCUUUGAAGGCCUGGACGAAACAGCCAACCACAGGGGAGUUGAUAAAAGAACGGGAAGUUAAUCGAGAGAGAUUUGGAUGGGAAGUUGAUUUUGAUGAUUUUGAGAUGCCCUUUAAAAGUAAUAUCAGUAAAAAGAUCGAAUUGUUUGGUGGACUUGAAGAGGAAUAGAAAAAGAAGAAAAAAUCUCGCCGAAAAAAGGAAUAAAUUCUGAGAGAGAUGUUUUACUUCUGACUCCAUUAUCUUCUUUUACUCUGAACAGCUUUAGAAAACAGCUUGAUGUAUAAACUUUUACUCUGAACAGCUUUAGAAAACAGCUUGAUGUAUAAACUUUUACUUUAAACAGCUUUACAAAACAGCUUGAUCUAUAAACUUUUACUUUAAACAGCUUUACAAAACAGCUUGAUCUAUAAAAUUUUACUGUGAACAGCUUUACAAAACAGCUUGAUCUAUAAACUUUUACUCUGAACAGCUUUAGAACAGCAUGAUCUAUAAACUUGGAACAGCUUUAGAAAACAGCCCGAUCUAUAAACUUUUACUCUGAACAGCUUUACAAAAUAUUUUUCCCUCUAAAUAUUUAAUCUGAACAGCUUUCGAAUACACAGUAUAAAGUUUUAACAGCUACAAUAGAAACUGUUACUCAGAAUACCUUUAGAACACAUCAUUCUGUUUUCUCUGAACAGCUUUUAAAUACACCAUGUUGUUUAAAACUUUACACUAACCAGUUAUAGAAAACAGCAUUUAUUAGCCCUCGUACUCUGUUGGGUAUACCCUCAUUGUUUACCAUUUUAAAAUAUUUCAUCAAUUCCUACAAAAUCCAAAAUAUAAUCUUUUUAUUACAAAUAGGAAUCUAAAAUCAAAGAUGCAUGUAUGUGUGUAUGCCCAUAUAUGGUUUCAUAUUAACCAAUAUGACCCUGUGAAGGUUUUGGACCAUCGAAUUUUGGUCCCCUGGCCAAUUAGUGCCCCAGGACUAAUAUGUGCCCGGUCGAAUGGAGCCCCAGGUGGAUUUGGGCCCCGGACACAGCCAGAUAUCCUGCUAAGUAACAAUAAGGCACCAGGUAUUUCUUCUUCUGAAAUUCUAUUUUUAUCUGUGAUCAUUUAAGUAAUGUGAUAAAAUAUUUUCAAGAUAGCUUUUAAACAUUUCUGCUUUUUAAAUAAUUGAUAAGUUUUGUAUAUUCUAAAUAGACUUUUUAAAAUCAGGCAAAAAUAUAUAUUGAGAGGUAUGCAUUUGAAUUUUUAGAGAUUUUUCGUUUUCAACUGCCUCACCUUUAUAUAAGAUCUGAGUGUAUGUACUAUGUAAUAAGAUGACUGGCAAAAUGAUUGUUUACGGUCCACUUAAGGAAUGUUUGUCGCUGAUUCUCCAUCGCUGUAGUUGGGCACCAAAUAUAUACUGCUCAACAGACUAUCCGAACCAUUGUUGUCUACAAGACAAGCAUACAGUGUCUUUAGAAAUAGGUGAAACCAGCAAGGCCAGAUGAAGUUGGGGGGGGGGGGGGCUUGUAGCAAUUGUUAUUAAAUGUUAUUAAGGGCCCUAAAUUUAAACAAAAAAAAAUACACUUAAAUAUUACAGCACCUGUAACUUACUUUCAUAGUAAAAUAUAUUUGAUCUUAUACUCAAAUUAAAUGAUGAGGGGAGGGGGGGGGGGUCAUCAUAUGUGUCUCACUCCCCCCCCCCUCCCAUUUGGCAACUGGUGAAUUAUUGAAUCAGAAUAAAUAGCUUACAAGCAUAUAUCCCAGGGCCUUUGCAAAUGGGAGCCCCACAAUGUAAUGCUACUUUACUCCAUUAGGUUUAUCGGUCACUGGGCAAGAAGAAAUACCUGUGGGGUGGGAGAGAACCCGGAAGUGGGUUGGGGUGGGAGUGACCCUACCUACAGGGUUAAAUAUUAUAAUUAUUGAUGAUUUAUUUGUAUAAUAUAUAUAUUGUUGAAGAAAUAUAAUCAAUUGUGGUUUUAUAUUGUAUAUAAUAUUAGUUAUCAUGUGAUAUUGUUAAUAAAUUAUAUUGUUUAUCAUAAA